AUGGCACCAACUGCUGUAGAGGACAUUGUGGCAGACAUUCCUGCGGACACAGGCGCAGAGGCUGCUGAGGAUGAGCAUGAGGGAUUUCCGGGUGGUCCGAGCGACCCAUCCGAGCGUCCUGAGUUGAAGUUAUCUUCUCAUGGGAGGAAGGUCCAUAGUUUAGUCAGGCCUGUCCCUGCCAUUGAGGGACUUAUUGCUAGUACAGGACUAAGUCCUCUGAUCGCGUGUUCGGUAGACACCGGCGAUCGGGGACUUUUGUCCUCAUUUGUGGAGCGGUGGCACCGGGAGACGUCUAGUUUCCAUCUCCCGGUGGGAGAGCUCAUCAUCAUGCUGGACGACGUCUCCUUGCUUCUCCAUCUGCCCGUGAUUGGCGACUUACACGCCUUUGAGCCCUUGCACGUGGACGAUGUAGUUUAG